GUCAGUCUCCGCUGGGCGCUCCGGGGAUCAGCUGGCGGGCGGGCGGGCGCCUAACGCGGCCCCGGCUCUCGCUGCAGCGCCGCCUCCUCUCCGCGUCGCAGGCCGGCCCCGCGGCCGUGACAAUGUUGCAGGAGUGGUAGCUGGGCGCCAGCCGCCGAGCCUUCUCAAGUUUAAACUUACGCGAAUCGCUCUCUUGAGGAGGAGGGGACCGCGGCGCGAUUGACACGCAUAUUCCUAUUGGCAUCCUCCCUCAGCCCCCACCCCCACGGCCGGAUUCGGGUGGCUCCUCUCCGAGCUGAAAUCCGAGAAGAAAUCCUUGGAUCUCUUGUUUUCUUAGGAAAAAAAAAAAAAAAUCCAGAAACCUUCGGUAUUUUGCUUUACUGCUUCCUAUUCUCAAGAUGAAGAAGUUUUUCGACUCCCGGCGAGAGCAGGGCGGCUCUGGCCUGGGCUCUGGCUCCAGCGGAGGUGGGGGCAGCACCUCGGGCCUGGGCAGUGGCUACAUCGGAAGGGUCUUUGGCAUUGGGCGACAGCAGGUCACUGUGGACGAGGUGUUGGCGGAAGGUGGAUUUGCUAUCGUGUUUCUGGUGAGGACAAGCAAUGGAAUGAAAUGUGCCUUGAAACGCAUGUUUGUCAACAAUGAGCAUGAUCUCCAGGUGUGCAAGAGAGAAAUCCAGAUAAUGAGAGACCUGUCGGGGCACAAGAACAUUGUGGGCUACAUUGACUCCAGUAUCAACAACGUGAGCAGUGGUGAUGUAUGGGAAGUGCUCAUUCUGAUGGACUUCUGUAGGGGAGGCCAGGUGGUCAACUUAAUGAAUCAGCGCCUGCAGACAGGUUUUACAGAGAAUGAAGUGCUCCAGAUAUUUUGUGACACCUGUGAAGCCGUUGCCCGCCUGCACCAGUGCAAAACUCCUAUUAUCCACCGUGACCUGAAGGUUGAAAAUAUCCUCUUGCAUGACCGAGGCCACUACGUCCUGUGUGACUUUGGAAGCGCCACCAACAAAUUUCAGAAUCCACAAACUGAGGGAGUCAAUGCAGUAGAAGAUGAGAUUAAGAAAUACACAACGCUGUCCUAUCGAGCACCAGAAAUGGUCAACCUGUACAGUGGCAAAAUCAUCACUACGAAGGCAGACAUUUGGGCUCUUGGAUGUUUGUUGUAUAAAUUAUGCUACUUCACUUUGCCAUUUGGAGAGAGUCAGGUGGCAAUUUGUGACGGAAACUUCACAAUUCCUGAUAACUCUCGAUAUUCCCAAGACAUGCACUGCCUAAUUAGGUAUAUGUUGGAACCAGACCCUGACAAAAGGCCAGAUAUUUACCAGGUGUCCUACUUCUCAUUCAAACUACUCAAGAAAGAAUGCCCAAUUCCUAAUGUACAGAACUCUCCCAUUCCUGCAAAGCUUCCUGAACCAGUGAAAGCCAGUGAGGCAGCUGCAAAAAAGACCCAGCCAAAGGCCAGACUGACAGAUCCCAUUCCCACAACAGAGACUUCAAUUGCACCACGUCAGAGGCCUAAGGCUGGGCAGACUCAGCCAAACCCAGGAAUCCUUCCCAUCCAGCCAGCUUUGACACCUCGAAAGAGGGCCACAGUUCAGCCCCUGCCCCAGGUUGCAGGAUCCAGCAAUCAGCCUGGCCUUUUAGCCAGUGUUCCCCAACCCAAAACCCAGCCCCAACCCAGCCAGCCUCUACCGCAGUCUCAGCCCAAGCAGCCACAGGCUCCACCCACCCCACAGCAGACGCCUCCCACUCCAGCCCAGGCUCUGCCCACUCCAGCCCAGGCCACCCCCCAGCACCAGCAGCAACUCUUCCUCAAGCAGCAACAGCAGCCACAGCCACAGCAGCAGCAGCCACCGCCAUCUUCCCAGCAGCCUGCAGGCACGUUUUACCAGCAGCAGCAGCAGCAGCAGCAGCAGCAGGCUCAGCAGGCUCAACAGUUUCAGGCAGUACACCCAGCAGCCCAGCAACCAGCAAUUGCCCAGUUCCCUGUGGUGUCCCAAGGAGGCUCUCAACAGCAGCUGAUACAGAACUUCUACCAGCAACAACAGCAGCAGCAGCAGCAGCAGCAGCAGCAGCAGCUGGCCACGACUCUGCAUCAGCAGCAGCUGCUGACUCAGCAGGCCGCCUUGCAGCAGAAGAGUGCUGUGGCAGCAGCACAGCAGCCCCAGACACAGCCGGCCGCAGCCCCACAGCCACCACCGGCCCAGGAGCCAGCGCAGAUUCAAGCCCCAGUAAGACAACAGCCAAAGGUUCAAACAACCCCACCUCCUGCCGUCCAGGGACAGAAACUCGGAUCUCUCACUCCUCCAUCAUCCCCCAAGACCCAGCGUGCUGGGCACAGGCGGAUUCUCAGUGACGUAACCCAUAGUGCGGUCUUCGGGGUCCCUGCCAGCAAAUCAACCCAGCUGCUCCAGGCAGCUGCAGCUGAGGCCAGCCUCAAUAAGUCCAAGGGUGGGAACCUACCUAGGUCUGCAACCACCACUCCAUCAGGCUCUCCUCGGACCUCCCAGCAAAAUGUUUAUAAUGCUUCAGAAGGUUCUACGUGGAAUCCCUUCGAUGACGACAAUUUCUCCAAACUCACCGCUGAAGAACUACUGAACAAGGACUUUGCCAAGCUGGGGGAAGGCAAACAUCCUGAGAAGCUUGGAGGCUCAGCUGAGAGUUUGAUCCCAGGCUUUCAACCAACUCAAGGUGAUGCCUUUGCCACUCCCUCAUUUUCUGCUGGAACAGCUGAAAAAAGGAAGGGUGGGCAGACUGUGGACUCUAGCCUCCCACUUCUAAGUGUAUCUGAUCCUUUUAUCCCUCUUCAAGUACCUGAUGCACCAGAAAAACUAAUUGAGGGACUCAAAUCUCCUGACACUUCUCUCCUGCUCCCUGACCUCUUGCCUAUGACAGACCCUUUUGGUAGCACUUCCGAUGCUGUAAUUGAAAAAGCCGAUGUUGCUGUUGAGAGUCUCAUACCGGGACUGGAGCCCCCGGUACCCCAGCGCCUUCCAUCCCAGACGGAAUCUGUGACCUCGAACCGCACAGGUCUCCAGAGAGAGCCCAAUCCCUGUCCUGUAAUAACUGUAGAGCACUUUAAAGACUCAGCGGGUGUUAAAGGCCUUCCCUUGUAUCCAGAUCCCUCCAGAGUACCUGGCAUGAAAACUCAGAACAAUUUAGAAUCUGACUACUUGGCCCGAGAUGGCCCUUCAAGCAACAGUUCAUUCCACAGCAGCGAAGAGGAAGGGACUGAUCUCGAGGGGGACAUGCUAGACUGCAGUGGGUCCCGACCUCUCCUCAUGGAGUCUGAAGAAGAGGAUGAGAGCUGCAAGCCUCCACAAGGAAAACUGGGAGGAGCCAUUCCAUUCACUCAGCCAGAAGUCUCUACUGAACAAGCAAAAGCAGGCCAAGGUGGAAGAAAGAACCAGUUCCAAGCCCUCACACAACCGACCACUGAUGGUCUCGGGGAGCCAGAUGUUUUUGCCACAGCUCCCUUCAGGAGCUCAAGGGUUCCAACUGAUGACAUGGAUAUUUUCUCCAAAGCUCCAUUUGUCUCCAAGGGCAGUGUGGCUCCUUCCCAGCCAGAGGAGGCGGACGUGUUCUUGAGAGCUCCUUUUACCAAGAAGAAGAGCAUGGAGGAAUUAGCAGUUGCCCAGAGCGCCUCCCAGGAGUUGCCCGUGCAGGCCAGUCUCCUCAACCAGACUGACGAUGUUCCUUUGCUCCCAGGCCUAGAGAGGGCAGCGUAUGCCCCCGUCCGAGCUCAGUAUUCCAUGGCUGCUUUUGUCCAACAGUCUAACCACCCCUCCCAUUCUGUACAAGCAGCAGACCAUCUAGACAGCAUCUCUCCCAGGGGAUCCUCCCUGGAACCUGGGGGUCAUCCUAACGACAGAAACAAAGGACCUCAGCCCCAGAAAGAAGCUGUCUCAGGCCCCAUGGCUGGCAAACCAUUCCGCCCCCAGUCUUUAUCCAAAUAUUCCCGUCACUAUAGCCCAGAAGAUGAGCCAAAUCCAGAAGCCCAGCCCAUUGCUGCCUACAAAAUUGUUUCACAGACCAACAAACAGUCGAUAGCUGGCUCUGUUUCCAUCACAUCCCUUUCCUCCAGGACUAUGGAGCUGCCACCUGCAGAUCCUUUUGCUUUAGCACCCUUUCCUUCAAAAUCAGGCAAGCAGAAACCUUAGGAGCGAUAACCUGAGCCUUAGGCGUCUGUCUUUACCCCACCCUCAGUACCUACCACGUCACUCCCAGCUGAGCCUAUCUCAAGAAAUACACCAAUUAUUAUCUUUCAGUUCCACGUAUCAGCAGAACUUGUGUGCUCAACAAACUCCGUUGCAGUGAUACUUAACUGAAACCCCUUUAAGUUAUGCUCAUUUCUUUUGUUUAUAUUGAUUUCUGGACUUCCAGGCAUUUCCAUCUCCACCUCCACCCAGAACUCUGCUUUCUUUGUUUGCCCCAAAACUGCUUGAAUCCAGAAAUACUUCACCCCAAACCAAAAGGGGCCAUGUUACUGCAAGGUUUAUUCCUGCAGUUUCUGUUCUGAGUCAUGUCCAUUGGAGGACACAAGAUUAGUCCCUUCAGGACUUGACUUAAUGCUCUUGCAAAGGGCAUAUUUCUGGAAGGAAAUGCAAGAUAAAAAUCCUGCAAAUCAAAAGGAAGUGUGAUCCUGCAGAUACUAAUCAUUCCUGUAAAACCAGCAACUCUACAAGGAUUCUCUGGAUCUGUUUCUGAGUCUGUGCGAGCCAGGUUGGCCUCUCACACAUAUGAGUGUGGGUGUGUAACAUGUGUCAGAUCCUUUCCUACAUAGAAAUGCAAACAGAUGAGAUAUCUGUGCUCAUGUCUAACAGUGUUGAGCCUUCCCAUGCCCACGCUUUUUAAAUCACCAGGAGUGCACAGGUAUGUGUGUGCCAUGUGUGUGUGCACAGGGAGCAUUUUUCUUUUAGGUAAAUCCUGUCAUACUAUACCUACCUCCACAAUCACUCAUUUACUGGCAUUUGUCUCCUGACCUAAUUGAUCUGAGCCCUGUUUUUAUUUAGUUCUUUUCUUGUGGCAAAAUUGAAUUCAUUGGAAUGUGUUAGAAAAUCCUGCUGCAACUGAGGCUUUAGAAUAGAUUUUUCUUUCUCCAAAAUGUGCUAUUUGCUAUUAACAAAUUCCCUGUACAUGGUCUUGAAAAAUUAAUUAUCUUUAUAAUUCUCCCCGCCCCCCAGAACGAUAGAAAAGAGCACCUGGCUACAGCUCUAACCAUUGGGUAUAUGGUGUUAGUAAUAUUUUAUUAACUACUUUAAAACCUGUGAGCACUCCAUGCUGUCACUAUGGAAUUCAUCAUGAGACUAGGCUACAAACUAGAUUUGCUUCCUUAUUUGUUUUUUCCAAUUCCUUGCUUUCUUUCUCCACUGCCUCUUGAGGAAAUAGAAAUCCGAGACAUGUAAGUCAGUUUGGAAGAAGAGAAAAGAGCUGAAUCAGCUAGCCAUGAAAACCUUUCAAUUCUCUGUCCUCUGUAGAUGUUGAAGUAGGCCAGGUAGGUGACUGAGUUGUGGUUUUGAAAUGUCUUCUAUUUCUGGAAAGAUCUGACUCAUUCCCGGCUGUUUUCAUACCCUUUAUUAUAGUGCCUUAAGGUGAAAUUCGUGUCUCUAUGGGAAGAUUUCUGCUGAGGAAGUUCAAUUUAAUGGAAAGAGCUGCUGGGCCAUGUUUCAGCCCAAAAGCUUCCUGUUACUUGUAAUAAUAGAUGUUAGUGAUGUCUCUGUUAGCUGGAGAAGUUGGGAGGGUUACUUACCAAACCAAAUUAAUGAUGUAAAAGAGUUGGAAAUUCAUCCAAGAUUCAAGCCAGAAUGCUAGACUCAUACUGCAGUUGAUUAGGUAUCACACUGUUUACAUUUAAAGCUCAGGGGUCUUGGUGGUAGGAUAUGAAUGGCAACUUUUCAAGACUUUUUCUAGUGUAGUCUCCACCUAUUUGAAAUGUCCAUGUUAAAAGAUAAACUUUGAUCAUUGGCACUGGAUCAGGGCUAUCAGCAGUGGUUUUCCACCGAGUUUUCAGCCACACCAGUCUUUUUCACUUUGGGGAAUGCGAAAUGUUCCCUCUAAAAGUUUGCUUUUCUCCCAGUGAUUAUUUCUGAUUUUUCUGUGUAACAAUUGAUGCAAAAUCAUUUUUUCAGUUGAAUAAGUAGUUUGAGCUAAUGCAUAUGGAACUUUGCACCCCAGACUCUUCCUUGGCCAUUAUCAAUUAAAGGCCUCAAAAGCAGGAGCUAAGAGGAUAGGAAUAUUCAGGGAGGUACUCACCCCAUGUCAGAAACUCUUAAAGGAGAAGGUCGCUCUCACUCACUCUUCCAGAUAUUCAGGAUUACCUCCGUAAUAGCCCUGCAAAAUGUCUUUCCUUUGGUUAUUUGAUCACUUCUUCCUAAUCAAGUAGCCAUGUUAGCUCUCGAGGUAAAAUCGAUAAAAUCAUGGUGAUUUUAUCACGUAGUUGAAUCAUUUGUCAAGCAUGGGCUUGCAAUGUUUUUUAUUCUCACUGGAGACCUAUUGUGGGUGGAGACUCUACAUUCUUUGAAUAGGAAAUGAAUGUAAAAACAUACAAAUUACUUUUGUGUUUUUAUUGAGUGAUGCAUGAAAAUUGUUUGACUAAAUUACAUUAAUUAUUAGCUAAUAACUAGUAAAUUCUGCACUGAUCUUUGGAUCAUAUAGGGUAAAUGCAUCAUUUAAAGGUUAAACAUUCUUGCUGGGGCACCUGGGUGGCUCAGUCGGUUAAGUGUCCGACUCUUGAUUUCUGCUCAGGUCAUGACCUCAAGGUUCGUGGGAUUGAGCCCUGCAUCGGGCUCCAUGCUAACAGUGCAGAGCCUGCUUGGAAUUCUCUCUCCCCUCUAUGCCCCUCCCCUGCUCAUUCUCUCUUUCUCUCUCUCUCGCUCUCUCAAAAUAAAUAAACAUUUAAAAAAAUAAAGAUAAAAUAUUCUUGCCAGAGGCCAUUCUGAAUCUGGAAUUCUAGAAAAUUUAGCAUUAAGGGAAUUAGGAGUGCUCAGGAUGCUUUGAGUUAGUACCAAAUGCAUGUUUCCAAAAACUAUACUGCAACAAGUUAACAUUAAAGAGAAAAAGCAGCUAUAUAGUCAACAAAAUACUGUACUUUCUACUUUUAUGUGUUGUUUGCUUUUACACAUUUGUUAGGGAAUGCGGGAACUUGUGAUCUUUCAUUUCAGUGGAGCACGAUGAGCCAGAAUAUAUUUAGAUGUAAAACAUUGAACCACAACAUGCACUGAUGAACUUUUAAAGAAUCUAUGUUAAUUGACUAACAGUCACUAUUAAAUUAAUGAAGUUUUACUAUGUGUGGUGGAAAAUAUUUAACAUAGCUGUUUCUUGAGCUACAUAUGACCCUUUAGGCUCCCAGUCCUUGUUAGAUUGGGAAGUGGAAUGAACAAAAUUUGAUGUGGAAGCAGAUGCUGGGCAGAGCCUAAGGGAACCUGGAUCUUAAACUCAAUUUCAUUUUGGGCUCACUCAUUAUUAAUGAGUUGAAAGCUUCCUAUGUGUGGACCGGUGUGUACAUGUUCACGUGGCCACAUUAGGUCUGAGUUUAAUCUGGUGACCAGCGUUUCUUUCUAAACUUUCAAGAAAAAUAUCGGCAUCUUAUUUGCCCGUUGUUGAUUUAGUAAGUUUUAGAGUACAUGUACGUCAGUGUUUUCAGCUAUUUGGUGGGUAUUUCACUGACUCAUAAAGUCGCAGAUCGCAGUUUUAUUUAAAAUAAAUGUAAUCGCCAGAGUGAUCUGACAAUAGAAAUUGAACCAUGCUGUAUUUGAUACCAUAAGGAAACGUCAUCAGAACAUAGAUCAUAUAGUUUGUAUGCAUUUUAUCAAAUAGGAAAUUUUACAGGAAACGGGAGAAGGGUGAGAGCCAACUCAUUCUCCAGCAUGAGAAUGGAGUCAUUGGGUGCCUUUCAUAAAGGAAGAUGUCAUUCUCUGCUGUGUCUUUGGAACUGAAAUUGGAAAACACAUGCCAGUCAACUGUGGAAUGGCUGCUGGUCACACAGGUGCAGUUUUAGCUGAGAAAUUUAGAACUCGGAUUAUUUUGAUAAAAGAAACAUAGGAGAGCUGCUGGAAAGACCGCAGUUUUUGAGGAGGUGGAAGUGCUUUGUAAAUGCCUGCAGUCACUCCUGGGUUCCAGUCCUCCCAUCCUGCCUGAUGGAGUAAACAUGAAGAGUUUAAAUGGAAUCAUGUCAUUUAAAUUCUUCAUUUUUCAGUCCCUUUGUGAACUACUACUUGUGGUUUUUGGGUUUUUUGUUUUGUUUUUUUAAACCAUCAGAAUAUUUGCAAACUUGUGAAGUUCACUUAAGGGUUUCAAGAUGCUUGAAAAUAAAAGUAGUAUCUGGUUGGGAAUUGUUUUUGUGUUCUUUUCCUACAAAAAUAAAUUUUCUAGGUUGCUGCAAACAACUAGCUGCCUCAGCUUAGAUGUGAAAAUCCACACUGGCGGUGUCUUGAUUCCCCAGGUGCCACCUUCCUCUCCGACUUCCUGUUCUACUGCCUCCUUUGUACCUUGACCUUUAUUAGGAAACAGGCCUCCCGCGUGUGGUAUCCAAGAUCCUAUCACUAAGACACAGCCAGACACAGCUCUUUCCUGCUUCUUUAUUCCUGCAAAUAAUCUUGGCUCACCUUCCUUGUACCUGUUCCCACCCCUUCAUUUCCUCACUUAACAUUACCCUAUUAUGACCAUACCAAUAAGUGGAUGAAAGAGAGGCGGGACCGAAUGAUCAUGUUAAUUUUUAUGUGCCUUUGUUACUGUAAACAGUUUCUUAAGUUUCAGCCUAACCUAUGAUAAUCUCACCACACUGGAAUAAUUCCAAAUAAGAAUGAAAUGGCUCACCUUCCCCAUUUCUUAUGGACUAGAAGAACAGAUGAAGGAAGGCUGGCAGAAGUCCAGCCUUACUCUGGAGACAACCCAAAGGCAUCUCUCCACCAUGAUCUAACACAAGCCCAAUGCGCUCCAGAAUGCAGGGGCAAGUUUAGGUGUGAAGGGACUCUGGAAUAGCUUGUAAAAAAUGGCUAAAUGCUAACCAGCACACGGGUGGCUUAGUCCAGGAUUCCCGUAACUUAUAAUCCUGUAAGAAAUGUAGUCUGAGCUAUUUCCCAGCAGUCUCAGUAUGGGUGGCACUGUUUUGAGUUUAUAGUAACAGCGUUCUGUUCUUGAAAUCAAGUCAAUAUUAUCUGCAUUGUGUUGUAAUAGAACUGCAUAUAUGUGUUAAAGGGAUCUGUCUGAUUCCUUUUGGCAAGGAAUUGCAGAAAUGCUUUUUAACCAUGUCAGUUAAAGUGAGACUUUGGGAGUGAGAGAAAACAAUGUAGCCUUUUCACUCUGAAAUGGCAAAUCCAGUUGUAUUCUCUGAGUCUACCAAAGACUCCUAUUUGAGGAUUGUGAAUGGAGAAGGGUGUGUGUGUCUGUGUCGAUGUCUGUGUGUGUGUGUGUGUGUGUGUGUGUGUGUGUGCUCAUGCUUUUUGCCAUGGUGUGAAGACCUCCUUAUGAAGGCAUCCAAAGAAUACCAAGUGGUAACAGUAGGUAGCUGGCUUGAGUAAAUUUAGUCCCAUUGGCCAACAACUCUUGAGUUAGAACUGGAGUUGUUGUAGAUAAAGGUGGGAAAAUCAGCCAUUGCCUCAGCCUGUUUCCACAGUAAGCAUGCUCGUCUCAUCCACAAAAAUGAAACUCAGUAGGGUUUGACCUGAACCCUUGGCUCAUGUGUGGUGUUGGACUGGCAACAGUGACCAGACAGCACAAGGCCUGCAAGAUGUUCCUUUGAAAGAGAAAGUGUUUAAUGCCAUUCGUUAGGGGACAGAAACCAAAUAAAGGCCAAGGACCAUGCUCAUUCCAUGGAGAAGAGGCGAACCUCUCUGCUGACAAAACAUUCUGAGUUGACUGAAUGAGGAAGUCGACCCAGCUAUAAGGAAUACUGAAGUUCUCAGACCUCAGAAGACAAUAUGUGCAUGCAAUCUCAAGGGCUGUGAACAUGGGAAAGGAAGGGAAAAAGACAUUUAUAAAGUCAAUCUUAACAGUUUUUGCAAUACCUCUUAUUUGCAGACUAUUGGAUUUAUGUUAUUGCACUCUUUGUGUGAUCUAUCUUAUGUAUCUGAUAGUUUUUAUGAAUAAUUUUUUGAGUUGUAAACUCUUAUACACUUUAUUAAAAUGGACCUAAUAAAAAUAAAUGAUUUA